GGCUCCGCCGGCGGCUGCAGGCACGAUGGAGAACGGCUCUGCCGCCAACCAGAGCCUGGGCAGGAUGCCCCGGCAGCCCCUGGAGCUGCAGGUGGUCACCAUCCUGCUGGUGCUGCUCAUCUGCGGCGUGGGCAUCGCGGGCAACGCCAUGGUGGUGCUGGUGGUGCUGCGCACCAAGCACAUGGUGACCCCCACCAACUGCUACCUGGUGAGCCUGGCCGUGGCCGACCUCAUCGUGCUGCUGGCGGCCGGGCUGCCCAACAUCUCCGAAGUGGUGGCUUCUUGGGUGUACGGCUACGCCGGCUGCCUCUGCAUCACCUACUUGCAGUACCUGGGCAUCAACAUCUCCGCCUGGUCCAUCGCCGCCUUCACGGUGGAGCGGUACAUCGCCAUCUGCCACGCCAUCAAGGCACAGCUCCUGUGCACCGUGUCCCGCGCCAGGCGCAUCAUCGCCUCGCUGUGGCUCUUCACCUCCCUCUAUUGCCUCAUGUGGUUCUUCCUGGUGGACACCACCCAGGUCACCUUCUCGGACGGGGCGCAGGUCACCUGUGGCUACCGAGUCUCCAGAAGCCUUUACAUGCCCAUUUACUUCUUGGAUUUUGCUGUCUUCUAUGUCAUCCCGCUGGGGCUGGCAACUGUCCUCUACGGCCUCAUUGCCCGCAUCCUCUUCGUGAGCCCCCUGCCCGGCACCCCUCAGCGCUCCUUCCUGGGCUCCGUGCACCAGGGCAGCUCCCUCAAGCUCUCCUGCCGGGGCAGCAGGGGGGCCCUGGGCUCCCGCAAGCAGGUGACCAAGAUGCUGGCUGUCGUGGUGGCCCUCUUCGCCGUGCUGUGGCUGCCUUACCGCACGCUGGUGGUGGUGAACUCCUUCGUGGACCCUCCGUACCUGAACACCUGGUUCCUCCUCUUCUGCCGCCUCUGCAUCUACCUGAACAGCGCCAUCAACCCCAUCAUCUACAACCUCAUGUCACAGAAGUUCAGGGCUGCCUUUAGGAAGUUGUACAAGUGCCAGGAGAAGAGUGCUGAGCACCCUGCCCGGUCCAGCACCCCGGUGUACUACAGUGCAGUGAAGGAUUGUUCCCACGACAGCUCUGACCACAACCUCACCGAGCAGGAGGAUCUGAGCAGGCUCCCUGCACCUGCAAAGAAGAAUAAACAAAUCCCAUGAGCAUGAAGCAAUGCAGGCAGUGGGAGUUGUGUGGCUGCACACACUGUGCUGGGAGAGUGCCAAGAGGAAUUGCUUUGGCAUUGCAGUGAGCUUCAUUCAAUACUUCUUCAGGGCACUUAGCAAAACAUAUUGUUAUAGGCAAUUUAAUUUGCUUUUCCUUAGCACUAAUUUAUUCUUGUUUGGCGAAGUGUUAGGCAAGUGUCAAUAUUUAGCAUCUCUAAAGCAUCUGUAGUUACAUAUAGCCACCCCAUUUUGUGUUAUGUGCAAGUGCUGAGCUGGGCCAAAGCUUUGAAAGGAAUCCCAGGAACAGAAGUGCAUUCAAGUUAAAAAUACUCACUCUUUUUUUAGAGUGAGUGUCUCCUACCCAGACUGACACACCUGUAACACAGAUACCCCAUGGAAACUACUCCUCGGGAGUCCUUUUGAAGUUAAUGGGAGCAAUUAGGCACUUGGGUGUGUCUCUCAUCUCAACACUCUCCGUGAGGAAUACACAUCCCUACAGAGAAGAUCAAUGCCUCCAAGAGAUGAAGCCAUUGGCUGUAAAUGGACUCUCAGGGAGAGACUCCUGCAUUAGGAACAAACAAAGCUGGGUGUCAUGAGCCUCUGUUGUGCCUCUGGAAACAGCGCAGCGCUGGUGGCACAGAAACCCAAGGUCCAGACCAGAUGGAUUUGCUACAAUGAACAAACAAAUCAUGAACAAACUAAUAAUGAGUGUUCCCUAAUUUCUUUUGGAUAACUUUACCUUUCCUGUCGAAAUUCCUCUGGUUGCUUCAGCUGGAAACUGCACUCUUGUUCUGUAAGCCCCAGUCUGGCAUAGUUAUUACCACAGAGCAGUGUUGCUCUCUGCCCCAGCUACAGGUGCAUUUCAAUGGCAGGUGAAGAAAUUAUCUUAUUUCCUGGGAAUAAUUUGUGAAGUCCAUGAAGUAUUUUGUGACUAGUGACACAAAUGCUUAUUGCUGCUGUCAUCUUGAAAGCAAAGUAGAUAUUCAUACCCUGCAGCAUCCAGGAGACCCGUCCAAGGGCACUUGCUCCAGACUUGCAAAAGACUAUCUGGACUAUGAGUAAAAUCAAAAAGAUUACACAUGAGCCAAACCCUUGGGCUCUUGCCAAAUAAAACAAGUGUCUGCCACCAGUAAACCUCAAGUGACUGUGAACUAUUACUUGAACAGCCUCACUAGUCAACACUGGAUAGAAUUUUGCAUCCACUUAGGAAAAUAUGUGUAUGGUAUUUUCAAGGCCACAAGACGUUAAUUAACCAAUCUGAAUCUACAGGAAAUCAUUUCACUGGGUGAGUCAGGAAAAGACCUCAAGUCCCUUCAGUGUGUUGGAACUGUCCAAGACCUAUUUUGUUGUGUGUAGAGAGGUUUUGCAUGUAUGAUUAUUAUAUUGCAUGUUAUUAAACCAUCUAUGUUACCCCUAAAAUAGAUACAGGAUGAGGGAAGAAAACAUUGGUUUUUUGCAAUUAUUUUAAACAUAAUGCAUUUGUAAUUUAAGGAUUCAUGCUAUUUUGCACUGUUUUGUGUAUAUUGUAUAAUGUGAAUUUAAGAACAGCAUUCUUAUUUAUUGUUGUUGAGAAAGUUCCACACAGAGAUUUGGGAUUUACUUCUUGAAGAACAUGGAGGAGUUUUUACUAACGUGAGGAUUUGCUUUUAACAGUCUUUUUUAUAGUACAGACUUCUUUUCCCUCCUUAGAACAGAUUUUUCCUUAGCAGCUCAGAAGAAGCCAUUGAUAAAAGCAUGUGCAGACAAACCAGGGCAGUAAGGACCAGGGUGAGGUGGAGGAGGGGGAAGGGGAUCCCUGUGUGACUGCUGGUGCCUCCCUGGGACCUUGAGCACAGGCAGCAUCCUCUCAGGGCUGGGCUGUCCUGUGUCCUCCAGCCUCCACCCUGAAGCUGUGAGUGCAGAGCUGGGUGUGGGAAGAGGAUUUGCUACCAGAGCUGGAAACCCACCUGCAUCCUGACCCGAGGCAUUUCUCAGGCAUGGGAUGUGCAGUUUGACAGACAGCCUUGCUGUCUGCAAACACAAGGAGCACCGUCAUUCUGAAGCAUCCCCAGCUGGAUGUUUUCCACCUCCUCAUCACAUUUCCUAUCUUCACUCUCCCCCUUUCUGCACCCCUACAUGGAGACACCCUAAAAGCAUUAUUUUCUUAAUUCAAUUUCAGCCUCAGGCCAACAGCUAAUUGAUAGUUCUGAAAUAUUUGUUUCAACAUACUUGAGAUUCAAUUAAAACCUGGUUCUCUUCUCCCCUUUCUGCUUUUAGCUGCCAAGUACUGCAUGACACGUUGCUAUUUUUUGAGAAGUAAUUGGUAGAUAAAUUCUCCUGGAACCACAAGAUCUCCAACAAAUGCACCAGAGCAUUAAGCUCUGUAGAUGAGGAAUGAGUUCCUGGUCCUUCCCCCUGCAUGUAUUCUGACACUUUAGGAGGAGCUGAGAGACUUUUAGAUGGAAGUGGAGGCAGAAGGUCACCACUCAGCUUGCUAAGGAGAUGCCACUUGAGAGAUGCAAGCUGCUGGAAAAUAAAUCACUAGCAGAAAGGAAUUAAAUAACUCAUCACUGUAACUUCCUUUGGAUAUUCAGGGUCUGAAUAAAAACUUUAAUUCCUUAUAAGAAAUCAGAGAGCUCCCUUGAAGCUUCAGCCUGCAUUACCUUGUACCUUGCAACAUCCCACCCUGCUUGUAAAGUCUCAAGCUGUAUUUUACCCUCAGCAUUUAUUUGUCUCAACAGCGUGAGUGUGGGCUGUGAGUUUAUAAACAUGCCAGGAAAUAAAGAAUCUAUUGCUCCUAA